CGAGUUAACUAUUGUAAAUAAAUAAAUCGUCCAAAAAGACGAAGAAAAUUGGAUCAAUUUUAAAUUUUUUACAGUACAAGAUUUGUUAACGCGAUGUCUUCCAAAGAAGGAGGAGAGAAGACUAAAAAUGCUCAAGGAGCUGGUGAUAAUAAAGAGAAGAGAAGGAAAGAAUCUAUUUUGGAUUUGAGUAAAUACUUAGAGAAAAGCAUACGAGUUAAGUUUGCCGGCGGUCGCGAAGCCGCGGGUAUUUUGAAAGGUUAUGAUCCAUUGCUAAACCUUGUACUUGACAAUACAACAGAGUUUUUAAGAGAUCCAGACGACCCUUACAAACUUCUAGACGACACAAGAGCUCUUGGAUUGGUUGUGUGCCGUGGAACAUCAGUUGUCUUAAUAUGUCCAAUGGAUGGCAUGGAAGCCAUACCAAACCCAUUUAUAACUCAAGAAGGUUGAACCUAGUGUUUAUUGUAUUUAAUGUAAGGAUUUAAAAUAAGUAAUAAAUAAG